AUGGCCCUGACUAGUGAGAAUGGAGGAGUCCUACCUCAUGGAAAGAACACCAGGACCCCCACAAAAUGAACAGGAAGUGCUCCCACUAUCUCUGCUAGACCAUGUGUUCUGAACCCUGUGUGAGACACUUUCUAUAAGCCCUUUGUGCUGUCAUGCCCUCAUUUUCACAGAUUAGAUAACCAAUGUUCUCAGAUGCUAAAAACUUGUUGAAGAUGCCAAAGCUUGAUAGAUAGUUUAAUGCCAAAGCCAACACUGUUAACAUUGGCCCACUUAAGUUGUGAAGGCCAUUGAAUUCUGCCAACCCACAGCCAUCCAGUCAUUCCGUGCCUGGAGAAGGGCCUGGCUUUCUUCUUUCUCAUUUUUCAUGGACACAUCCUUGACCCAAAGCAGAUGUUCUAUGUAGUUUAUGUGAGAACAGAUUUCACAUUCAAUUAUGAAAGCAUCAAGAGGCACAAGAAGGAGAAGCAUCUUCUGACAGUGUGUCAGGACUGA